UUUUUUUUCCCAGUCCGUCUUUUCCGCAUUGCUGCGGCGUCACCUGUCAAGCAGCUGUGAACAUGGCCUCGGCUGUACUCGGCCGCCUGCUCAGGCUGUCGGCUGUCGGGAACGGGCCCCUCUCACCGCCGGGCCCCUCCGUGGUGACGCCGAGCCGGACGGCCGUGUGCACGUCAAGCGGCGCCCUUCUGCCCAAACCCAGGAAGACCCCCUUCGGCCUUUUCCGGAUCGCUCUGGUCGUGAUUCCCUUCUUGUAUGUGGGGACUCAGAUCAGCAAGAGCUUCGCGGCGCUGCUGGAGGAGCACGACAUAUUUGUUCCCGAGGACGACGACGACGACGACUGACCAGGUGAUGGACGCUUUCAAUCAACACCAAGGGUCAGUGAUCAUCACCAACGUAGAGGAAAUGCCUUCCCGGAGGUCCUGUUGCCGUGACCCCCUACAUCACCUCCGCCUGCACUCCUUUCAGGGUUUUUGCUCCCAUUUGACGCACACCACACUGCCGCUUUGUUUUCCUAUCGUACUGUAUUUGCGUGCACUACAAGAGUCUUAAUAAAAAGAGAAAUCGAGGCAA